CUCCUUCCCUUUCUUCUCCACUUCAUCUCUCUCUCUCUCCUCUCUCACACAGUGAAAAACACACACAAACAAUUGCGGGAAAAUAUGGCGAUGAACAUUGCUUCAAAAGUAGCGUUCCUCUUCACCGUAUGCAUUUUCACUUUAGUAAAUGCAGAUAGUCCGUACAGAUUCUUCAAUUGGAAUGUAACCUAUGGAGAUAUUUAUCCACUCGGUGUUCGUCAGCAGGGGAUUCUCAUCAAUGGACAAUUUCCUGGCCCUGACAUUGAAUCUGUUACUAAUGAUAAUAUUAUCAUCAAUGUUUUCAACAGUUUGGAUGAUCCUUUCCUCUUAUCCUGGAAUGGGAUUCAGAACAGAAGAAAUUCAUAUGAAGAUGGAGUUUAUGGUACAACAUGUCCAAUUCCGCCAGGAAAAAAUUUCACAUACAUUCUUCAGAUGAAGGAUCAAAUAGGAAGUUUCUAUUACUUCCCAUCUUUAGCCUUCCAUAAGGCUGCAGGAGGUUUUGGAGGCAUCAGAAUUCUCAGUCGCCCUCUUAUUCCCGUUCCAUUCCCCGACCCUGCUGGCGAUUAUACAGUCCUGAUUGGAGAUUGGUAUAAGGCUAAUCACACGGCAUUGAGAGCUACUCUGGAUGGAGGAAGCAAAUUACCAUUUCCUGAUGGAAUUCUUGUCAAUGGCCGUGGACCUAAUGGAACAUAUUUCUACGUUGAACAAGGAAAAACAUACAGGCUCAGGAUUUCAAACGUGGGACUGCAAAAUUCCCUAAAUUUCCGCAUUCAGAAUCACACUAUGAAACUAGUCGAAGUAGAAGGAACACACACCCUCCAAAACACUUAUUCAUCGCUCGAUAUUCAUGCGGGUCAAUCAUAUUCAGUUCUCAUAACCGCCGAUCAGGCUCCUCGAGACUAUUACAUUGUUGUAUCCUCAAGAUUCACCUCCCAAGUCCUCACGACCACAGCCAUUCUCCAUUACAGCAACUCAGCAGGGCCAGCCCCAGGUCCACUCCCGGGCGGACCCACGAUCUCGAUCGAUUGGUCCCUUAAUCAAGCUCGUUCAAUCAGGACUAAUCUUACUGCAAGUGGACCAAGACCCAACCCACAAGGGUCUUACCACUACGGAAUGAUAAACACAACCAAGACUAUACGGUUAUCGAGCUCUGCUGGGAUUGUUAAUGGAAAACAGAGGUAUGCUGUCAAUAGUGUAUCGUUUGUUGCACCCGAUACGCCCAUGAAAGUUGCGGAUUUCUUUAAGAUUGAUGGGGUUUUUCGAGUUGGGAGUAUAUCGGAUAAUCCAACUGGUGGUGGGAUAUAUCUUGACACUUCGGUUUUGGGUACGGAUUAUAGAGCGUUCGUUGAGAUUGUGUUUGAAAACUCAGAGGAUAUCGUUCAAAGCUGGCACCUUUCCGGUUACUCAUUCUUCGUAGUAGGGAUGGAUGGAGGAACAUGGUCAUCUGCCAGUAGAGCCAAUUACAAUCUUCGAGAUGCUAUUGCCCGAUGUACUAUUCAGGUAUACCCUAAAUCAUGGACUGCUAUUUACGUGGGACUUGAUAAUGUUGGAAUGUGGAACGUGAGAUCGGAGUUUUGGGCUAGACAAUAUCUCGGGCAACAGUUUUAUUUACGCGUUUAUACAACGUCUACUUCUCUUCGAGAUGAGUAUCCGAUUCCAAAGAAUGCCCUUCUUUGUGGUAGGGCUAGUGGCCGAAGAACAAGGCCUCUUAAGUGAAACAUUAUUUGUCUUCCUUUCUUGGCUGACCUAAAUUAGUUAAGUUUAUUAUUCUUGGCCUUAUCUCAAGGUCUUCAUUCAUUUUUUUCCUUAAGCCAAGAAAGUGUCCUUAAUUAUUGUGAGAACAUUCAAUUUAUGAAUUGGUAUUUUUAUUUAUAGAAAUGAAACAAUCAAUAAUAAUAAGUAUUAUGUUUAGAGGAA